CCCUUUAGGACCGACUACUGGAUCAAUUAAUGUGAUGUUUGGAUGAACAUUAUAUGUAUAUGAGUAUGCACAAUGUGCAGGGACUCAAUGGAAUAGAGAUUGGGAGGAAACAAUUAAAUAUACACUAAACACAAUCUAUUCCACACACUCUGCAAAUUACGGGUAUUUAUACCCUAUGAUUUGUCAGUUAUAACUUAUUGAGGUGAUUUUUUCUAAACGACACUAAAACUGAUUUUGACUUAAUUAUCUUGAUUAUUAUCUUCCAACAAAUUUUGAUUUUCAUUAAUGAUAUAAAUUAUUAUUUUCAUUGAAGGCCAUUGUUGGAUAAUCAUUUUUUAUAGUUAGAAUUUGCUUAUUGGAUAAUAAUGUCAUGACAACACUCAUUAUUGCCGUAAAAGUACGACGGGUAUAUAUUUUAGAUUCACUAUUCAAAGAGGGCAACAAGAAUCCUAGCCACUAUCGUCUUACAAGUGUGAUUGAAAGCGCCUUGCUGCCAAUAAAACCCACAUUUGAUAGGUGCAAUCAACAAGCUGAGACAUGGGAAUGCGGCUAUAUACUUCUUCAAUCUAUGUUCGACUUUGUCAAUGUGUAUCAAAAGCAAUUUCCCAAAAUGUGGAACGACACGAAAGAGGCUACAGAUGAAGAUAUAGAAAAGACGUUGAAGGAAUUGAUGCCAAUUUUAUUUGACGGGUUGGGUAUUCCUUAGUUUAAAUAUAGUUUGUUUAUGGUUUUGAAUAUAUUAAGUAGUGAAUUGUUAUUUUAUCAAUUAAUAUUGUAGACUUUCGGGUUGAAUGUGUAUUGAGUCACUUUUUACUUGUCCGGAUUUGACUACGUUGAAUAUAUAAAAGGAUUGAUUGGAUUUGACGUCUAUGUUGGAGUGCAGAUUUUUUUUACUGCAUAUUAUGUCAUUUUUACAUAUCUCUUUUUUACUACAGAUUUUUGUUUGAAAUUUGACAGCAUAAUUUGUGGUUCUUACAACAUUGGUCAUAAGUCGCGGUUCAUCCAACACCGACUAAAACCUUUCCUAAAAUUGUAAAACGACUUUAAGUCGCGGUCCAUCCAACACUGACUAAAAACUUUUCCUAAAAUUGUAAAACGAUUUUAAGUUGCGGUUCAUAAUGCUGACUAAAAACAUUUCCAUAAAAGUAUCAACAUCUUUUUAG